AUAGAUGGGAAACCUGCCAGCCAGCCACAUUUUUGAGGCCAGGCAGCUGUUCGUCAGCUCGGCUGGAAGUGUGGGCACCUGCGCAGGUAAGUGAUCGCCCACUGGUGCCUCUACGUAUAUAUAAAGGGUGGGAAAGCGAGCAGGAACAUCCAGGCGUGGACAGGAGCAAGAAGAGAUCUGACCUUCAGUGUCCCGUGGCUGUGCUCGCCAGACUCUCACGAUGGUUUCAAAGAAGGUGGUGGCUGGUUUGCUCCUGGUGUACGUGGUGUCUAUGCUGGCUGAACAGACCGCAGGCUUUGUGCCCUUUUUCACCCAGAGCGACUUCCAGAAAAUGCAGGAAAAGGAGAGGAACAAAGGAGGGCAGAAGAAAUCCCUGACCUCGCUGCAGCAGCUGGAAGAGGAAGGCUUCACUGAGCAAUCUGCUGCAGAUGUCAACAAGGUCAAGACCAUCCAGCUAGCUGUUCCUGUCAGAGCUGGGAUGUGGCUCACCCCACGGCAGCUGGAAAAAUACCAAGAUGUCCUGGAGAAACUGCUAGCAGAGAUGUUACAGGACACCCCAGACGCUGACUGAUAUCCGCAGAAUCAGAAGAGAAAGCGAUGUAGCUUGCUAAAGUUAAAAGACUCCACUU